UCAGAGGACACAGGCUCCCUCUACUCUGGGUCCCAAAAGUCCUGUUUUUAUUCAAUCUGGGGGACGUGUGGUUUUAAGGAUGGCUUUCUCCCAAACCUAAAGCUUUCCCUUCAACACCUGGUGUCUCUGCAGUUGUGAGGAGAAUCAGUCAGUCUUCUGUAUACCGGCUUCACCUGCAUUUGUGGGCAUUAGACAGCCCCCACCCCCUCCCUCCCCUUUCUGGUGCAUCAUUCACAGGAGAUGGGAUCUUCUACAAGAGGUUUGGUCUGCUGAAUUUGAGGGGGAAAAGCGCCACUGUCGGUUUUGCAACUGUGAAAAUCCUGGCUGUCGGCCAGUGCCCUUGGCAGAAGUCACCUGGAUUGUAUUGUUCCGCUUGCAAAGUGAAUGUUCUGAAGUCCUCUGCUGCAGGACCAUGGCUCACGCUGCUGCUCACAUUAAAAAAUCCAGGGAGCUUGAGCCGCCACCAGAUUUAAAAAGCGAGAAAGCCAAGGAGAGGAGAAGGCGCUCCAGGGAGCGAGCUGAACGGAAACGCAAGUCUGACAGCAAUACAAGCUUCCUGCGAGCAGCCAGGGCUGGCAACAUUGACAAAGUGCUGGAGUAUCUCAAAGGAGGAGUAGACAUUGCCACUUGUAACCAGAAUGGACUCAAUGCUUUACACCUGGCAGCCAAGGAAGGUCACAUGGGCCUGGUUAUUGGGUUACUGGAAAGAGGCUCGGUUGUCAAUUCAGCUACCAAGAAAGGAAACACAGCCCUGCAUAUUGCAUCCUUGGCAGGUCAAGAAGAGGUCAUCAAAACCCUGGUAAAGCAAGGAGCUGACAUCAAUGCACAGUCUCAGAAUGGUUUCACUCCCUUGUACAUGGCAGCCCAGGAGAACCACCUAGAUGUUGUGAGGUACCUCCUGGAAAAUGGAUCAAACCAGAGCACUGCCACGGAGGACGGCUUCACUCCACUGGCUGUCGCACUGCAGCAGGGCCACAACCAGGUGGUGGCUAUUCUUCUGGAGAACGACACCAAGGGGAAGGUGAGGCUGCCAGCCCUGCACAUUGCCGCACGCAAGGACGACACCAAGUCCGCGGCACUGCUUCUCCAGAACGACCACAACGCUGACGUGCAGUCCAAGAUGAUGGUUAAUAGGACUACUGAGAGCGGUUUUACUCCUCUGCACAUUGCUGCCCACUAUGGGAAUGUCAAUGUUGCCACACUGCUGCUUAAUCGCGGAGCUGCUGUCGACUUUACCGCCAGGAAUGGAAUCAUUCCCCUCCACGUAGCUUCCAAAAGAGGAAACACCAACAUGGUACGUCUCCUCCUGGAUCGGGGAUCACAGAUCGAUGCCAAGACCAGAGAUGGGCUCACACCCCUGCACUGUGCUGCACGAAGUGGGCAUGACCCAGCUGUGGAGCUUCUUCUAGAGAGGGGCGCGCCCAUGCUAGCAAGGACAAAGAAUGGACUGUCUCCUCUUCACAUGUCUGCCCAAGGAGACCAUGUAGAAUGUGUCAAACACCUGCUGCAGCACAAAGCACCUGUAGAUGAUGUCACACUGGACUACUUGACUGCCCUUCAUGUUGCUGCGCACUGUGGUCACUACAGAGUAACAAAACUUCUUCUGGACAAGAGAGCCAAUCCCAAUGCUCGUGCACUGAAUGGAUUUACCCCACUGCACAUUGCGUGCAAGAAAAACCGAGUCAAAGUCAUGGAACUCCUUGUGAAAUAUGGCGCUUCAAUCCAAGCCAUAACAGAGUCUGGCCUUACUCCAAUACAUGUGGCUGCCUUCAUGGGCCACUUGAAUAUAGUCCUGCUCCUGCUGCAGAAUGGAGCCUCUCCAGAUGUCACUAACAUUCGCGGGGAGACGGCCCUGCACAUGGCUGCUCGGGCUGGGCAGGUGGAAGUUGUCCGCUGCCUCUUGAGAAAUGGAGCACUUGUGGAUGCUAGAGCCAGGGAGGAUCAGACCCCCCUACACAUUGCUUCCCGUCUGGGUAAAACAGAAAUCGUGCAGUUAUUACUGCAGCACAUGGCACACCCUGAUGCAGCCACCACGAACGGCUACACCCCACUGCACAUCUCAGCCAGAGAGGGGCAAGUGGAUGUGGCCUCAGUUCUUCUAGAAGCUGGAGCCUCACACUCCUUAGCCACAAAGAAAGGAUUCACCCCCCUGCAUGUGGCUGCUAAAUAUGGAAGCCUGGAUGUGGCAAAACUCCUCCUGCAACGCCGGGCGCCACCUGACUCUUCUGGGAAGAAUGGCCUCACCCCUCUUCAUGUUGCUGCUCACUAUGAUAACCAGAAGGUGGCAAUGCUGUUACUGGAAAAAGCCUCUCCCCAUUCAACUGCCAAGAAUGGAUACACUCCACUGCACAUAGCGGCGAAGAAGAACCAAAUGGACAUAGCCAGCACACUUCUGGAGUACGGGGCGGAGACUAACAUUCUCACCAAGCAGGGCGUGACGCCGCUGCACCUGGCAUCACAGGAAGGACACACCGACAUGGUGGGCCUGCUUCUGAAGAAAGGGGCCAACAUCAAUGUGGGAACAAAGACUGGAUUGACAUCACUCCAUCUGGCAGCCCAGGAGGACAGGGUUACCGUGGCAGAAAACUUGGCAAAACAUGACGCCAACCUUGAUGCGCAGACGAAGCUGGGCUACACUCCAGUGAUUGUAGCCUGUCACUAUGGAAACAUCAAGAUGGUAAACUUUCUUCUUCAGCACAGCGCAAACGUCAAUGCUAAAACUAAGAAUGGAUACACCCCACUGCAUCAGGCUGCUCAGCAGGGCCACACCCACAUCAUCAACACCCUCCUCCAGCAUGGGGCGAAGCCCAAUGCAGUCACUGUGAAUGGCAACACAGCCCUGGCCAUCGCCAGGCGUCUUGGAUAUAUCUCUGUGGUUGAUACUUUGAAGGUGGUAACCGAGGAGGUCAUCACCACAACAACUACAGUGACAGAAAAACACAAGCUGAAUGUACCUGAGACCAUGACUGAGGUUCUGGAGGUAUCAGAUGAGGAGGGUGAUGAUACAAUGACUGGGGAUGGAGGAGAGUACCUGAGAGCAGAGGAUCUCAAAGAGCUUGGAGAUGACUCUCUACCCGGCCAGUACCUGGAUGGUAUGAAUUACUUAAGGUUCAGCUUAGAAGGAGGCCGAUCUGAAAGCCUGCGGUCCUUCAGUUCAGACAGGUCCCACACACAGAGCCAGGGCUCUUACCUGAGGGACAGUGCCAUGAUCGAGGACAUGAUCGCUGCCACCAACCACCAGGUGUCUGCCCUGGCCAGGGAGCCUGAAAAGGACUCAUACCGCCUGAGCUGGUGUACCGAGAACUUGGACAAUGUGGCUCUUUCUUCCAGCCCAAUUCAUUCAGGCCGCUCUUCUCCAUGCCUUGACCAUGACAACAGCAGCUUCCUGGUUAGUUUCAUGGUGGAUGCCCGCGGUGGAGCCAUGCGAGGUUGCCGUCAUAAUGGGCUACGUAUUAUCAUCCCCCCUCGGAAGUGCACUGCCCCGACGCGGGUCACCUGCCGACUGGUGAAGCGACACCGACUGGCCACCAUGCCCCCUAUGGUGGAGGGAGAGGGCCUGGCCAGUAGGCUGAUCGAGGUGGGACCAUCUGGAGCUCAGUUCCUUGGUAAACUGCAUCUUCCUACUGCUCCUCCCCCUUUAAAUGAGGGAGAAAGCUUGGUUAGCCGAAUUCUCCAGCUUGGGCCACCUGGAACAAAAUUCCUUGGGCCGGUGAUAGUGGAGAUCCCCCACUUCGCGGCUCUGCGAGGGAAGGAGAGGGAGCUGGUGGUGUUGCGCAGUGAGACUGGAGAGAGCUGGAAGGAACACCACUGUGAAUUCAGUGAGGAGGAGCUGAACGAGAUCCUCAAUGGAAUGGACGAAGAGCUAGACAGUCCAGAGGAACUGGAGAAGAAGCGCAUAUGCCGCAUCAUCACCAGAGACUUUCCACAGUACUUUGCUGUAGUGUCUCGAAUUAAACAAGACAGCAACCUGAUUGGACCAGACGGAGGGGUCCUGAGCAGCACUGUGGUGCCACAGGUCCAGGCAGUCUUCCCUGAGGGGGCCUUGACCAAGAGGAUCAGAGUUGGCCUUCAGGCCCAUCAAACGGACACUGAUCUGGUACGGAAGAUUCUCGGCAACAAGGCGAUGUUCAGUCCUAUAGUCACCCUAGAGCCCAGGAGAAGGAAAUUCCAUAAACCCAUAACUAUGACAAUUCCUAUUCCCAAAUCCAGUACUGAUGGAAUGAUGAAUGGAUAUGGGGGAGAUACCCCAACCCUCAGAUUACUGUGCAGUAUUACAGGUGGUACAACACCAGCCCAGUGGGAAGACAUAACAGGAACUACACCGUUAACAUUUGUCAAUGAAUGUGUUUCCUUUACUACAAAUGUUUCAGCAAGGUUCUGGCUGAUAGACUGUCGGCAGAACCAGGAGUCGGUUAACUUUGCCACACAAGUGUACAGAGAGAUCAUCUGUGUACCCUAUAUGGCCAAAUUUGUCAUUUUUGCCAAAUCGCAUGACCCUAUUGAAGCUCGAUUGAGGUGCUUCUGCAUGACCGAUGACAAAGUGGACAAGACCCUGGAGCAGCAGGAGAACUUCACUGAGGUGGCAAGGAGCAGGGAUGUGGAGGUUUUGGAAGGAAAACCAAUCUAUGCUGACUGCUUUGGAAACUUGGUGCCACUGACAAAGAGUGGUCAACAUCAUCUAUUCAGUUUUUAUGCCUUCAAAGAAAACAGGCUUGCCCUCUUCAUCAAGGUACGAGACAGCACUCAGGAGCCCUGUGGUCGAUUGUCCUUUAUGAAGGAACCCAGAUCCUACAGAGGUUUAGCACACCAUGCCAUUUGUAACCUAAAUAUAACAUUGCCUGCUUACUCAAAGGAAUCUGAUUCGGAUCAGGAACAAGAGGAAGAGAUAAGCAGGACACCUGAGAAAUACGAAGAAGAGACUGAGUCAACUGAAACCUCUGCCCUGAAAACACACUUGAUUCGGGAUGCCCCAGCACUGGCAAGCCCGGACUUGCUGUCUGAGGUGUCUGAGAUGAAGCAAGACUUAAUCAAAAUGACAGCAAUUUUAACAACAGACUCUACUGAGAAGACAAGCCCCAUAGAGGGAAGUGGACUCGAGAGGGGGGCAGAGGAGGAGACUGGAGAGCCUUUUGAAAUUGUAGAAAAAGUUAAAGAGGACUUGGAGAAAGUGAGUGAAAUUCUGAGAAGUGGGACAUACAAAGGUAAGAAAGAGAUGCAGAAGAAAGAAGGUGUGGUCAAAGUAAUCAAAGGAGAGGAAGAGUGGGUUCUACUUGGUAACAGUGAGAUCGAAGAAGCCAAACGGGAAGCCCCCAAAGAAGUGCAUGAACCUAGCUUUCAGGAAACUAAAAUUGACAGAGGCACACCCCAACAAGAAAUUGCCAAGGACAUAACAGGGUUGGUUUCCUACCUGUCUGAGGAGCUUGAUGAAUAUCUUGCCUGUCAACCUGCUGUACCUACUAGUCAACUCCAAGAAAUUGUUCAGGAACAGUUUGAAGAAGUGCUUGUGAAAAGAGAAACUAAAAAGAAAUAUGACUUUUCUUCACUAGAGGAAGUCAAAAAGACUCCCACUGAGAUUAAGAAACCAGUGAGGAGAAAAUUGAAGGAAAGAACACAAAUGUACAAUGACGAAUCACAGGUUCAAGACUCUGGAUCUGAUAUCUCUAGGUUUAGCUCAGAAGAGUCUUUAGAUGGAGACUUGGUUUUGUCUACCCCAGCCGCCCCAGCUCCAGCCCAAGUGUCACCUGUGGUGGAGGAGACCCCUAUUGGUUCAAUAAAGGAAAAAGUAAAAGCGCUACAAAAGAAAGUGGAAGAGGAGGAAAAGGGGCGCAAGCAAAUAAGUAGUAGAGUUCAGGGGAAUGAGGAAAUGAAAAUUACUGAAGUUAAAAGAGAAAUAUCCAUAAAACAGCCACCUCCUGUAGAAUCUAGUACAUCUGAAAGACUGGAAGAGACCAUGUCAGUCCGUGAACUAAUGAGAGCUUUCCAGACAGGGCAGGAUCCCUCUAAGAGAAAGUCAGGGCUCUUUGAGCACAAAGCUAAUCAUUCAUCAACAGAGCAAACCCAUUCUGUUGAUGUGACACAACAUACAAAAUCCAAUACAACAGACACAGAGGAUAAAGAGACAAUGCCAAAAACUGACAGUGAUUCAGAACAUAUUCCCACACAUGAUCAGACUGUUAUUAGCCAUUCAGUAUCUUCACCUAUUAGUAAGGCUAUCCACCUAGCCAAAUCUACCACAGUCUCACUUGAAGAUGAAUGUUUGUCCUCUAAAGCUUCAGCCAGUGCUCCUGAUGAGCAAUCACAGCAGCAUGAUAACAUAGUUGAUACCAAAAGUACUGAUGACCACUACAAAGAGAUGGAUUUGCAGAUCAGCCCUGAUAGGAAAACAUCAACUGAUUUCAGUGAUGAUAUUAAAGCAGAGCUUGAGGACAAUGAUGAAUACCAGCAGUUCAGAAAGACAUCUGAUACCGAGGGUCUCCAUUUGGAAAAAGUACUUACAAGCCCUGUUAAGCAUGAUCUGAAUAUUACUUUCCUGCCUGAUUAUUCUAAAGAGGAGUUUCUCCCAGACAUAGCAGUGCAAAAUGGCACUUUAGAAGAUAGCUCUGACAGCCUCAGACAUGAGGGUGCUACUGAUUCCCCAAGUGUUAGCUUAGGUGAUGGCACUCCCCAGAUAAGCUCUGAGGAAAGUUAUAAACAUGAGGGUUUGGCAGAGACUCCAGAAACAAGCCCUGAAAGCCUAUCAUUUUCACCAAAGAAAACUGAGCAGCAAAUACUAGUAGUAAAGGAAAUGGCACAUACAAUAUGCACAAAAGAGAAUGAUGUACAAUACAGUCAAGAUGUAUCUGCCACAUGUAAAAAUGCUGAUUCUGUCAUGCAAUUGGAAGAACCUGAAGCAAAAGAAAAGGCUGACAGCUUGGCUGCUGAAUCUACUGUUGAUUCUGGCUUUGUUGCAUUUGAUCAGCAGCAUUCUACUGAAAUUACUCUCCCUACAUCACCUACUGGGGAGGCUGAUGAUCGGACUACAAGUGAGCCAUCAUCUGGCCUGAAAGGUGACUUGUGUUUCCAGGGGGGUGAGGCUACAAAGAAAGAAGAAGCUUCACCAGAAAAUCAAUACAAAAUGCGGUCAGAUUCAAGAAAAAUCUCAGAUACCAUUGAUACCCUUUUGAACCCGGAUGAUGAGGAGGACAAAUUUGAAAGGGAAAGCCAAAUGGUAGCCAGUCCUUGUGGAUUGCCAAUGGAAACAGGAACCACUUAUAGCCAUGAAGGCUUAGACCUGGCACUCUAUCAGCAAGACACAGGAGACCUUAGCCCAUUGGCAGAUGAUUCUUUGACCAUCAGCCACAAAGACUCCUUAGAGGCUAGUCCAGUACUGGAGGAUAACUCUUCACACAAAACUCCUGAUUCUAUUGAGCCAAGUCCAACUAAGGAAUCUCCAUGUCGCGACUCAUUAGAAAGUAGCCCAGUAGAACAACAGAUAAGGCCUUGCCUUCCUUUAGAGGAGCAAUCACGUGGGUCUCCUUGGCAGACUUUUCCAGCAAAGACAGAUUUUCCUCCAGAAGUGGUACGUAAUAGGCUCCUUAGGGACCCUGAGGGUAGUGCAGAUGAUGACAGCUUGGAGCAAACCUCCCAAAUGGAAAGUUCAGGAAAGAGUCCUCUCUCACCUGACACCCCUAGCUCUGAAGAGAUAAGCUAUGAAGUCACCCCCAAAACACCCGAACUUCAAUUUCUGCCUUUACCAGCCGCUAUCCUGGAAGACACUGAAGAAGUUGAAGAAGAUGAUUCCUCAGAUAGUAGUGAGCCCCAAAAGCAGUUUACUCCGGAAGAAGAAAUGUUUAAAAUGGCAGCCAAAAUUAAAACAUUUGAUGAAAUGGAACAAGACGCUAAAUGUAAAAGAGACAACAGAAAGCAAACAGACAAUUAUAUGACCUCUGAAAUGGAAGAUGAUAAACACGUGCCUGUGGAAAUAAUCUCUCCAGGUAGCAGCUCUUCAGAAAGUGAGCCAGAGCUGACCAAACUUAAAAAAGAGGCAGAUUCAUGUCUUCGCGUAGAACCAAUUAUUACAGUCCAGCCUCCGUCUCCUCUUCCACCAGGCAUGGAUGUGAGCUCCAGCCCUGAAGAGACAGAUCUCCAGCAUUCAGUUAUCCAGUCAGAUUAUUCAGAAAGAGAAGCAGAAAUGCCAGACUGUAUUUCAGAUGGUAAACCAACAUUUCACUCAUAUCCCGAGACAAUAUCUACUCAUAUUGACACAUUUUCUUCUAUAAUGAGUCCAAAAGCUGAUGAAGUGUUAGACAAUUCUCAUUUUCAAUUAGUUGAAUCUAGUGAAAUGGAAAAAACUGAAAGACAGGAUCCACAGGUACCAUCUGAUUUGGAAUAUCAACAGGAAGCAAAAGAUUCUGAAAAAGUAACAAGCCCUUAUGAUAAUGUAGAUUCCACAUUUACUUCCACUACUGCUGAUGUUCAGGAUGAGGAAAAUAGAACCGAUGAACAACAGGGGGUACUUUCCAGUAAAACGGUAAGAGAGGCAGGGGAGGACAAUGAUGAGGAAGAUAAAGACUGCCCAUAUAGUUCCCAUGUGCCAGAUAUACUGGAAGAAGCAAAUGCAAUAGAUGAAGUCAAGGAGGAACAUAUGAGAUGUUCUAGAGAAUCAACAGGAGACAUUGAUGAAGAAUACAAUUUAAACACAGACUUUGAACAACCCCACAUGCAAUUUGGACCGGAGAUCUGUGUUUAUGAGGACACUGGCAUGGAAGACAUACAUGUUUCUGCUCACACUACUCAGUCCAUGGGGGUCACUGCGAGGACAGAGUCUGACAUAGAUUCCUGGAGUGCAAUGCGAGAGGAUGAUGACGCUUUUGAUGCCCGUGUGAAGGAAGAGGAGCAGAAGAUAUUCAGUUUGAUGGUUGACAAGCAGUCCCAGGGAGCAACUCCAGACACAACCCCAGUUAGAACUCCUACUGAGGAGGGAACACCCACAAGUGAGCAAAACCCUUUCUUAUUCCAGGAAGGGAAAUUGUUUGAAAUGACCAGAAGUGGUGCCAUAGAUAUGAGCAAAAGGAGCUAUGUUGAUGAAAGUUUCCACUUUUUCCAGAUAGGUGAACAGCCUCUGGAGGAGGUUUUGUCAGAUGAAGCCAGAGAAGAUCCCAUCGGUGGUGAGUGUUCUUCAGCAAAAGGUUCUAUGUAUGUCACGGUUUCUGAUGAUGUUACACAUGACUUAACAGUAAAGGCAGCAGAAGCACCUAUUCUUGAAUCUCCCUCUCAACCAGAGACAACCGAGGAAAAUUUGCCGGCCACAAAUUCUGAAACAAAGUCCAGAAUCCCAAUCAAAAUGGGCAUUUCUGCUUCUGCCAAAUCCCAAAAGAAAGACUCUCCUCUCCCUGAAAUUGUAGAAGUAAAACCUUUUCCACUCGAGGAACCUGUAUGUGACAGCCCUCAUGACAUGGCUUCCAUGGAACCAUCCAUAACAAAUGUGCAGCUAGACUUUUCCACAGUUACUAGGUCUGUUUAUUCUGAACAAGAUGAUGAGUCUUCAGACUCUUCCCCUGAAGACCAGCGGUCAGUAAUUGAAAUUCCUACUGCUGCAACAGAGAGUGUAGCUGGCAGCGAACCAGUAUCUAAGAUCCCUGUCAAGGCUACUUCACCUGUAUCUCAACGAACAGCGCUUCUGCCCAGUGACAUGUCUUCUCCAUCCGUCUCCCCUUUUGCUACUUAUAAGGAACAGUCCAUAGAGGAGGAAACAAAACCCAAAUCCAAAAUACCAGUGAAGUUAGGUGGUCUUAAAUCUGAACCUGCCUCUGAUUUCUCAGUAAACCGAGCAGAGUCCCUCAAGGCUCUGGAAAGGAAAUGCAAAAUUCCAGUCAAACAAGAUCAGAGGAGCAAGUCCGAGUCAGAUGCUAGCAGCUCUGCAGAAGCCAGAUCUAAACGUUCUUCCAAAACCGGGAGUUACUGUGAGGCUGAACCUCAGGAAACAAAAGAAGAGGCUUCAAGUGGAACAGAAAGUCCUGAUGUUACUAAACCCAAAACAUUCCAAUCGAGACUUCCUGUAAAGAAUAAACCUGGCCAGACAUUCCCAACAUCCACCCCUGCCAAAGAGAACAAAGAGCGAUUCUUUGAAUUCUACAAGGAUUCCAUAGAAUUCUUUGAAGAAAUUAGCGAUGAAGCCUCUAAGUUAGUUGAAAGGUUAAAAGAAGCAGAGCAUGCACAAGAACUAGUUUCAGAUGAUGAAAGCAGUACCUUAGAAGUCUCAGUUAUUGAAAAUGAGCCAUUGUCUGAAUCACAGAUGCCCCUUCCUGAAGACAUCUUUGACAUGAGACCCAUCUGGGACGAGUCUGUUGAGACUCAGAUCCAACGCAUUCCUGAUGAAAAUGUCCACAAUCAAAGUAAAGAUCCACAGGAUGAUGAAGAAAGAAGUGAGGAAAGGUUGGCAGUCAUUGUUGACCACUUAGGCUUCAGUUGGACAGAAUUAGCCCGGGAGUUGGAGUUUACUGAGGAUCAGAUUCAUCAGAUAAGAGUUGAGAACCCCAACUCAUUACUGGAUCAGAGUCACGCCUUACUGAAGUACUGGAUGGAGAGGGAUGGCAAACGUGCAACAGAAAAUAAUCUAAUCAAGACACUCACAAAAAUUAACCGGAUGGAUAUUGUUCACCUGAUUGAAACAUCAAGCAUACACCCCAGCCAAGAACAGACCUCCCGAACCUAUGCAGAGAUUGAGCAGACCAUAGCACUGGACCACAGCGAAGGAUUCUCUGCACUUCAUGAAGACAUUUACAGCCCAAGGACUGCACAGCACAUAGAGAUGACAGCCAGCGACCGGCCAACUUCAGAGCAGCAGCCCCCCAUUGUGUCGGAAGAAGACAUCUCAGUUAGCUACUCUUCACUGCAUGAAGCUGCUCCCAGGGGUGAUGCAGACAUAUCAAUCACUGAGCUUCUGAGGCACACACAAAGGGAGAAACUAGAAGCCGAGAUGUACGGAAAGACUGAGGCACACAGCGAAGAGCCAUCUGCUGACCAUGAAUACUCCAUUACAGGCCAAGCAUCUCAAGAAACAGCCCUGUCAGCACCUCUAAAGGAAGAAGCACAGUCGCUGAGGCUGGCAGACUGUGUGAGAGGCCAGGCCAAACAAGCUGAUGACAUGCCAGACUUUCCACCAGAGGCAGUGACGGAGGAGCAGUACACAGACGAGCACGGCCAUGUGGUUGUAAAGAAGGUCACCAGAAAAAUAAUCAGACGGUACAUUUCUCCGGAUGGCACAGAGAAAGAAGAAGUUAUAAUGCAGGGGCCACAGCAAGAUUCACUCCGUAUCGAGGAAGGAGAUGGCUAUUCCAAGGUUGUAAAGAGAACAGUGCUGAAGAGUGACAGUGACCAAACAGAGGUAACGUUCUCUGAACCCCAGGCCUUCGCGGGCAGCUUAUCUGAGUUCCAAAUGGAGCCGGUGCACGGCCGCAAGGUUAGUAAAGUUAUCAAGACCACGGUGGUGCAGGGGGAGAGAAUGGAGAAACACCUUGGAGAUGCCACAUUAGCCACUGAUCUUCCAUCAGCCAAAGAUGACUUUGAACAGGCCCUGAGUUAUGCAGGGGGCACUGGGAAAGUCCAUCUCCCGUGUUUAGUAGAGCAGGAGAUUGUAAAAGAGGACGGAUCAGUGAUAAAAAGGACAAGGAUGAGUAAAGCCAGCUCUCAGAAGAGGACUGUGGUGAAGGACGCUGAGGGGAAGCAUGUGCACGUGGAGCAGCUGGAGGACGUCCCCGAGGCCCUGCAGCAAGACGACCUUCAGCACGACCUGCACCAGCUCCUCUGCCGUUUCUGCACAGACGACCGCAAGCAUGAGGCCACAUAAAAUGACCUAGACUUUUCUUUUUUUUUUUUUUUUUUUUUUUAGUCCCUUAACACAUAUCUGAUCGGUACAAUGCAUCCAGUUCACAGACAGAUUCCAUCUUUAUCUGAAGUCACUUAGAAGACAUAAUUAUUAUAAUUACUAUUAGUAAUAGUAUUGUUUUUUUUGUUUUGUUUUGUUUUUUUUAACCGUUUGCUAAUUUUGUGACCAAAGAUAGUAUCCAUUACUGUAGGAUGACUUAAAGCUAAAUCUUCUUAUUUGUUGCUGCAAAAUAGACAUACAAUGGAAGAGCAAACUGCAAAGUCAACUUUGUCCACAGACCUCUUCGAAAUUACUCUAUGAACUGUCUAACAAAAAGGGAUGCGUGUGACAGUAUAAAAUGUACAUAUAGCUAGGCUUGGACUUGUCAGACUACAUUCACUGCCUAUCAUAACCACACAAAAACAUCACUAAUCACAAGAUCUGUUUGUCCUUGUGGAAUGGUUAAGAAAUUACUGAUAUCACCAUAGUAAUCAACCGUGUGUACAGGCCAAUUAUAGAGCACUUAAACCAAGCAGUGGCAGAUGUAGCGUAUUUGGAAUUGUGUAUUGAUCUUGAUUAUGAUAUUAAUAAAAUAAGUGAAUGUCAUAUAAGCCACCUGAGGUCAUCACCCAAGCUGGUUACAUGAACCUUCUUAACUGCAUUUAUAAGCUAAAUCGUAUGCUAGCACCAAUACUAAUGAUACCUUUUCAAACUAGGAGUACAGAAGGCUGCAGUACAGAAAGCUUUGCCACCGCUUUUUAUCCAAAUACACCUUCUGUGUCUCCUCUACAUAUAUAGGUGUGUGUGUGAUUGCCGAGUUUCCUUCCACUGGCCACUGCACUGCAGCAAAACUGGAGCUCAGACCAGUGCUUCUAGUUGGGCAGACUAUUGCUUCACCAUAUUUAUCAGGAUUGUCUUUUUUGUACAUGCAUGUGACAUACAAUGCUGCUGUUAUAAUGUACUCACUUGUUAACCCAUCUGGCACGAGCGAGGUCUUCUUCAGCCUCCACUUGUGAAUAUGUUUUGUUUCGUUUUAAUUUCACUGGACAUUUUCAGGUAUUUUUAAUUUUUUCAAGAUUGUAAAUCAGCCUUCCGAGAACUGCUGCAGCGUUUCAGCACUUUUAAAAAGAAGGAUAACACUAGUAAAUAUUGUCCGAGUUAUUUCCCUUAGUAUCAGCCCGAUCAUAGCAAAUGUUGUAAUGUGAUAUAAAUAUAAAUAUAUAUAUACACAUAUAAAAAAGUUUUGAAAAUACUGUUUGAUAAAAAUGUGCGUAUGGAAGUUGUCAAUGUGUAUGGUACUCAAAGGGAUGAUAAAAUAUUUUAAUCAUUUUGCUUUUUGCAACACAAUGAUCCAUCUCACUCAGCGCUCAGAUUGAAAACGUGAACACAGUGGGGACAAAGGGACUUCCGUAUUUGAUAAAUUUACCUGUAGUAUGAAAUAUACAGUUUUGCUGUCAACAGAUGCACUCCCCUCCAUCACUGCUGCAGAUCCUACAGAAUAAAGGUGUUUACAUUGGUUAGCCCUCCAGGCAGGCUCAAAGAAAAGUAUCUGUGAUGUUAAUUGCUUACUAUAUCUAUGUAAUGACAUAAUGGUUUUUCACUUUACUUUUUACUUUGCGUGUAAUCCAAGAAUUUGAGAACUGUGAUAAGUAAACUUUAAGUUGAUGAGUCAGCAUCUUGUUCCCAUGGUGAUAACACACACACACACACACAUAUAUAUAUAUAUAUAUAUAUAUAUAUAAUGUGUGUGUGUGUUAUCACCAUAUAUUAUAUCUGAGGGCAUGUAUUAGUUAAAAAAAUAAUUAAAAAAGAAACAUUAAAACACUAACAAUGCAUAGCAGCUGCAAUGUGUACAUGGCUGGUUUAAUUAAAUAAAAUGAACAUGUGUUAAAUGUA